AUGUCGCUCAGGAAACGGCUUUCCAUCUCCAGCACCCGGAGCGAGUCUCCUCUCGUCUUUGCUGUCGCCUCGAACGCGGACUCUGAGGAGUGGCUCAAAGCAUGGCAGUGCGUGUUCGCCAGAGGUAACUCGGAUCUCAAUUUCUUCAUUCGUGAACGAUCAGGAAGGCUUAUCCUUGCUGCAGAUUUAAUCGACUCGCCUGUCGUUGCCGUCGACGCGGAGACUACGGUCGAAGAUGCUUGUGAUUAUGCAGAUGUUAAUGCGUUCCUCACUUUUGCGGCCACCAGACACAAGCUCGCAUCAGACGAGCUUCGAGGGAAGCCACGCGUACAGGAGAUUUUGGCCGCGGCUAAAACGGGCCGCGUUCCUGUUGCGCUCGUCAGCAAUUUGUCAGAGAAGAAUCCACUCGAGAUCUUACCAUACAACGCAACGGUUGUUCAAUUACUCGGUGUCGUCGCACGAGGCGCACAUCGAGUACUCAUUCAAUCCGAAUCUCCUUCUGCCGAGUUCCUCGGCAUGGUCUCAGACAGACGGCUGCUCUCCUGGUUCACCUCGUAUUCGCAGCAGAACCCUGCAUUCCUCCGUUACCUCGCGAAUCCUCUCUGCUCCCUGGCGCUGCCCUCGAUGUAUCUCUAUCUCUCCGUUGUUGCUGCGAGGGCGACGAAUUGCGUGCUAGAUGCAAUGAAGCUAAUGAGCGACGAGGGCGUGAGCACUAUUGCCGUCGUGGAAGAGGAGAACGGCAAUUUGCUCAGUGCCGUGAGUGUAACCGAUAUCGGAAAGGAGCCGGACGGUUCGACAGAUGGUAUUGACAAAUAUCCAGUGUAUAGUGUCUCUCCGAGCAGCACCCUAUUCUAUACUAUGAAGAAGCUGUUAGCUACCGAAUCCCAUCGCCUCUUCGUCACGGAUGAUUCACCCACCUCAUCGCCCACUUUCCCGCCCACCAGCACAGGCAAUCUUUCGGGCAUAGUAUCCACCGUAGACGUACUAUCGCUUUUCGCGCGCGUCGCCAACCUGCCCGAUGUCGACCCAACACGCAUGCAACGGCACCGGCGCGCAUCGUCCGCAUCCGGCUCCUCUUCCUCCCACUCGUCCGACCAGAGCAGCUUCGGGAUGCGCUCGCGCUCGAGCAGUCGCACGAGCCCCGGCCGGCUCUCCGUCUCCGCGGGCGAGGGCGGCCCCCGCAGCCUACGCAACUCGGUAUCGAGCCUCGAAUCGUUCCAGUGGGCGGACCGCGUGCCCAAAUGA